GCGUUGUUUCAGACGCACCAUAUGCGGCACCCGGAGCUUAACGAAAGCUUGAUGAAAGCUUGGAAAGCUUGGUCGCAUGCUUGUAGGCCCAUGAUCGCGGCUGCGACAAUCCGGCCGGUGUGACCGCCUGUUCCUGGUCGUGCGCUGGUGAUUGGAGCGUUUGCAGUUGGGCAAGUAGGUUUGCUUCUUUGAAGGCGGGCGUGAUGCAUGCGUUGGUGGAGGGCACGAAGGUACAUAUGCCGCCUCGUCGUCGUCGUCGUCGUUGCUUCGAGUGAAGUAAUUCUUUCUCUACUUUAUCCUGUUGCUUCAGUGUUGUAAUAAGAUUCUCGUCACCGACAUCCACAAUAACGUUCGAACUCAACAACCCAACAUCAUCAUGGCAUCCCUACGACGCCUCGCGAUCCAGCGUAGCCCAGCCUACAAGCCUGCUGGAGUCAAGAGCUACGUCUAUGCCAUGACCAAGUAUGGCUUCCACCCUACAAAGCCUGGCCCAUACUUCCAAGCCAAGGUCAUGUCGCAGCAAGGCAAGUUCGGCAGAAUCGGUGGCCGCAUGCGAUCACGCUACGUUCUCAAGAAGCGCAACGAAGCAUCGGCACCAAGUGGUGCGCAAAGCAAAGCCGCAGCUCCAAGCGACGGUAAUCCGACCGAGGGUGAAGUACCUGCCGAAGACAUCCAGAAUGACUCGUUGUAUCUCUGUGAGGUUGGCGUUGGAACACCCGAGCAGAAGAUCUACCUUGAUUUCGAUACUGGUUCUUCAGAUCUCUGGGUCUGGUCCACUGAACUCCCCAAGAAGAUUCUGAGUUCAGCAGAUGCUUCGAAGCAGCAGGUCGCUUUCGACCCUUCAAAGUCAAGCACAUUCAAGAAACUUGACGGUGAGACAUGGAAGAUCUCGUACGGUGACUCUUCUUCCGCAAGCGGUGACGUCGGUACCGAUGUUGUGAACCUGGGUGGCCUCAAAGUUGAGAACCAAGCUGUGGAGCUAGCAAAGGAGCUUUCGCAGCAAUUUGCCGAAGGCAAUGGAAGCGGACUCCUUGGUCUGGCGUUCAGUUCCAUCAACACUGUUUCUCCCACACCGCAGAAGACGCCAGUCGACAACAUCAUUGCACAGAAGAGCGCCAAGGAGCAGCUGUUCACCGCGUAUCUGGGUAGCUGGCGCGACACGAACGAGGCCGACAAGGGAGAAAGUUUCUACACCUUCGGUUUCAUCGACCAAGACGUCAUGACCGCCUCCGGCGCAUCUGAACCUAACUACGCAGACGUAGACAAUAGUCAAGGCUUCUGGCAAAUCCAAUCCACAUCCGCUACCAUCAACGGGCAGACCGUCGACCGCUCCGGCAACACCUCCAUCAUGGACACGGGUACCACCCUCUGCCUUGUCGACGACGCCCUCGUCGAUGCCGUCUACAAAGCCAUCCCCGGCGCAAAGUACGACCAGAGCAACCAAGGCUACGUCUUCCCCACCUCCACCUCCGCAGCCGACUUGCCCGAGAUCAAGCUUGCAAUCGGAGACGCGAUGGUGACGUUCCAGAAGGAGGAUUUGGGCUUCGCUGAUGCUGGAAACGGUAUGGUGUAUGGAAGUAUCCAGAGUAGGGGUUCCAUGGAUAUGGACAUAUACGGUGACGCGGUGUUGAAGGCUAUGUAUGCGAUCUUCGAUAUGAACAAUGGAUCACCGCGAUUCGGUUGGGUGCAGAGGAAGGAGAAGACCCAGAAUACGGAUGCGCCGCCUUCGUAG